AUGGCAAGUGUUGUGAGAUACAGUUUUCUAUUGAUCGGUAUCUUUUUAAGAAGCACUUCAUGGGCAGACUCAAUGCUGCAAGUUACAUCUUUAAUUGGAGCUGUUGGGAAUAAGAUCAUCAUCCAGUGCGCUGCUGAUAAAACCCCUCAAGAUGGGGUGUACCUGUACAAACUAGUAGGAGCAAGUAAAAAUGAGCAGAAAGUUUUCUACUAUUACAAAGAUGGAACUUUUAGACCUAUAUCAGAAUGGUGUAGGGACAAAGUCAAAGUAAAUGGAACAUUUCCCAACUUUAAUGUCACCAUCUUAAAUGUAAAUGCCACAGACAUUGGGUUUUACUGGUGUGAAUUUAAUUUGGAAGACAAUAUAUCAGUUGGCAAAGUCACAUGGUUAUGGAUAGAAGAAUCAUUAGAUAAAAAAACAAAUAAAACAGGAGAAGUAAUAAGAAAAGGAGAAGCAGAAGGAAAAGAUGAUGAAAAAGUGUGCUCAGAAGAUAUUCAUCAUCAUGUGAAGAUCUUUCUCAUUGUGUGUGCUGUCAUGUUGCUACUGUGCAUCGCUGGUUUCAUCUUUGUGAUUCUGAAGGGGUGUUGGGUGAACAAGAAAUACAGACCAUCAAAUCCACCCUCAGACUCAGUUUACGAAGAGAUGAAACGGAGCAAUUUGGACGCCCAGCCCAGUGUACGGACGCUUAUCAACCCUGACUAUCAAUCCACCAAGUUACUCCACUAA